ACCUAGAGGUGUACAUUCGGGCGAACGACGGAGACCGGCACGCGAUCGCGAACGUCACGGUCGACUCAACUCUGAAUGAAAGUUGAAAUAUCGUAUCGUCUCCGAGUGAUCCAAAAUCCGGGCAAAGAUCUCGCGAGUACGGGAAAGAAGACAGUGUUCCCUCCACGUGGGAAACGAAUAAACGGAUUAGGAAAGAAAACGCGACGUCCUCGCGGAUAAUUCCGCGAUGCACCUGUGAACAAACAUCAAACGGUUGUGAUUCGACGAUGCCGGCGUGAGUGCAGGUGACUGUCGGUACCGAUCGGUGGCAUGUCCGGCGUGCUCGCGUUACGAAAGUAAAGUCGCGCGGGUGUAUACGCUGUGAAACUCAGGUAGCAUUGACGACGGAUCAUCGAGGACACGCUGUCGAAAGCGACCGCACGUGACCGUUUCCUAUCAUUACCAUUGGCCGAUUCGCGCGAUAGGCGACCGAGCCGGUCGAUAGGCAUCCUCGGAAUUCUUCGCCUGUCGGAAAAGUAGACGCCGUUGACCAGUGUCAACUUAGUCUAGCCGAGUUUUGUCGUCGCGUUAUCACGCGACUAUCUCUGACUUUUUUUCUUCGCGACUUGGCGAGACUGACUGACAAACGAUCGGAAUGCUGGAACCGGAAGUGGAAGUUGCGGCUGUUAAUUUGCGACGGGGCGCGAGUUUGAGGCUACCGUCGACCACUCCUGCCGAAGAGAGCGAGCUAGGCCUGCGUCGCGGCGGCUCCCUGCGGAUCCCACGGACGAGCGACGAUCAUCCCGCCGCACGGGAACGCCUGACGGGCACGAGGUCGUCGCCGUCGUCGUUGUCGACGUCGGCGGCCUCCACGUCGUCCUCGGCCACGUCGUCGUUGUCGUCGGACAGAUGCGCCGGCGGCGGUGGCGAGAACAACAGAGCGCUCCGGUCCGCCAGGCGAUACGUACCUGACGCCGCGAGUGACGCACCUGCGCCGGAGUAUCUCGCCAGGAGCCUCCUGCAGCUUGGAUGUCCUGCCGUGUCCAUGCCCACACCUCGUGGCGGUGUCGGGUCGGAGCAACCGCCGAGCAGCGACAGCGAUGACUACACCACCGCCCAUCAGCAGCAGCAAGGUCAUGCGGGUGGUUACGGACAGAACCCGGACGGUUACACCGUGCCCAAAGUCCAGGUGUCGGGCCCACCAAACGCCGAUGAAUCCGCUUCCAUCAUCAAUGGGUCUGCGGGGUCCAUAGGCGCGCGCUCGGCACCUAGCACGCCCCUGCAAGCUGCCCCCGAUGCACCGCAUGCCGGGGGCCAACAAUCGAUCAGCGGGUCCCAGCUCACCGUGGCCGGCGCCAGCUAUCCUCAGCCUCCGAGAAGCCCCAGUCACGCGGCCUUGAGAUGUAACGACAGUCACCUUUCGAAGCCACUGAGUAGGAGUACACCAUCGAUGGCAGCUGGCGGCGCGCAAACUCCAGCAAAGGUUAGCAGAUCCUCGUCGAGGUCGCCGACGUCUACCAGCAGCGCGAGGCAGAAGAAAUUCCAUAGGCACUUCACUCAGUCUUCGAAAUUUCGCUAUCAGGUGGCGGAGGACGAGCGCGUGCUGAAUUACUACAGCUGCGCGCUGGUGGGCGACAUCCUGCUGCAGGGCCACCUGUACAUUACGCCCAACUACUUCGCCUUCUACAGCAACGUGUUCGGCUACGUGACGAAGCUGCUGAUACCGACGGUCUCGGUGCUGAAGAUCAGCAAGGAGAAGACCGCGCGGAUCAUACCGAACGCGGUGGCGGUCGCCACCGAGGAGGAGCGCCACGUCUUCUGCUCGCUGCUCUCGCGCGACUCUACCUACAAGCUGAUGAAGCAGGUGUGGGACGCGGCGAUGGAGCCGCGGACGACGGCGGACGAGUUGCCGGUGCUCGACAGCGACACCAAGCUCCUCCCGCCGGACACGCUGCUCGUCGACGACUCCGAGGGGGUGAACCCCGAGGAGGACGAGUCGAGUAUGUCCGAGAGCGGUAUCGAUCUCCUGGCGGCCACCAGAUCGCCGGUCGUCUGCACGGACACCGACGGCGCCUCCGUGACCCUCAGCAGGCCGAGUUUGCCACCCGCCAGGCUGGAGACAGCAGUAUUAACAAAGACGCUGACACCGAGCAAAUCCGACAGGCUGGGAUCACUGUUUACCAGCGGAUUGAAGCCUGGCAUGGUGAUAGCGAUACUGGUGGCUCUCUUGGCGGUUCUUUACGUAUCGGCGGCUCUAAUGAUGAUGCGCAUUGACAGGCUGCACACCGCUUAUUUAAACCAUCCCCUCGUUUCGCCGGAACGCUUCACGCAGGAUCGGCUGUUGCACUAUCUCAAUACGAAUCUGGAUCAAAUAGUGAAGGUGCGGCAGAGUCUGCAGACGCUAUCGCAGCAGUUUGUGACGAUGAGCCAGGGCGGUAGCCAGACGGGGCCGACCGGCGGCGUGGUGGAACCGGAAGACGCGCCGAGUUAGCCCUCGACAAUGGGACGCGAUUCAGUUCAGCCAAAAAACGACACGAGGCCCCGCCGUCGUCGCUCCGCCGCCGCCGGCGCACGUAGCAUCGCCUCGU